CUGUAUGGGCUGAGCAAUGUAGUGCUGCGAGUUUGUGCUGCCUGCCUGAAAGAAUCCAUCACAGAAGCAAACCGCCCCCUCCCACCCAGAGCGCCCCCGCUUCAGAUGCAACUCAAAAUACAUAAAGCCUCCAUGUUGCACAGGGACUGUAGGGCCAACAGAUGUGAACUGUUUCAUAAAAGUGUAUGCAUAGUUUGACGUUGGGGAACUUGCCGCAUGUUUUUGGACAACAGCAACCAUCCGACGAGCUUCCAAGUGUUUUCACCGUUGUUUCAUACACGGCCUCAUAUUUUGGAUGAUCGGAGCCUGGGAGCCAACUCGCUAACCCAGCUGCUUGCUAACUUAAGUUAGUUAGCAAUUCAACACCUUUUUGAAAUUUUAUUAUUUUUAAUGUCUUUUAAAAUACGCGGUGUUGCCCACAAAGACUUGUUUGUAUCGAUGAUUUCUUUCGGAAAGCCAUAGAUGACAGCCAUUCGCUGGCCUCCAUUCACCACCGUGCUAGCUGGGUGGCUACCACCGCUGCCACACCACUUCGCUUCGGACGGUUUCCUGGCUUUGUGGGCAAGCUGGUCGCCCUCAUCUUAAACUGCUAGCUUACUGUAGCUAGCAAUCGAAGCGAGCUCCGCUAGUACCAGUAACAUUGUGGAAAGCAAAUCAGGAAUAACCACCCGUCUCAAUGGACCACAUGUCCAUUAUCACCCAAGUUUCCAACCCUAAGGAGGAGGAAAUAAUAUCCUUUAACCAGGAAAAAGCAUCCCAGUCAAACAGCAGCCUGAAGAAACAGAGAAGCCGGGGCAUAUUCAGCACAUUCUUCUGCUGCUUUCGCAACUACAAUGUGGAGCCACCAGCCACCAACACCAACACCAGUUCCCUGCCCCCACCUGUGGAAGAGAAUGGAUCCCCUCCCAAGUGUGACCAGGUCGAGGUCAUCCCUGUCCCUAGUCCACCAGCCAAAUACCUCCUACCAGAGAUGAAAAUUUCUGACUAUGGUAAAAAGUGUGUGGUGAUUGACUUGGAUGAAACACUCGUGCACAGCUCAUUUAAGCCCAUUAGCAAUGCUGAUUUCAUUGUACCAGUGGAGAUCGAUGGUACCGUUCAUCAGGUGUAUGUGCUGAAAAGACCCCAUGUGGACGAGUUUCUCCAAAAGAUGGGAGAGUUAUUUGAAUGUGUGCUCUUCACAGCCAGUCUUGCAAAGUAUGCAGACCCUGUAGCCGACCUGCUGGACCAGUGGGGUGUUUUUCGAGCACGGCUCUUCCGAGAAUCCUGCGUCUUUCACAGAGGAAACUACGUUAAAGACCUCAGCCGGCUGGGGCGAGAGCUCAACAACGUUAUUAUCGUUGACAAUUCACCUGCCUCGUACAUUUUCCAUCCAGAAAAUGCUGUCCCUGUUCAGUCCUGGUUCGACGACAUGAAUGACACAGAGCUCCUGGACUUGCUGCCUUUCUUUGAGGGACUCAGCAAAGAAGAAGAGGUUUACGGCGUCCUGCAAAAUCUCAGAAGCAGGUAGCAGGACACGCCACUGCGCUGUCUGUCCUCUCUGCCGGUAUCUGUCCCUUUCUACAGCCACAUCUCCUAAGUCAGGCAGAACAUCCCACAGUGGGACGCCUAGGAGUCUCACCACGGAAACCUUCACGUAUCCAUGUUUCCGCCCUCUUCUCCUGGUGACUGGCUGCCUUCUGAGUGCCAUCAGAAAAACACAGACUCACUAUUAUCCCAGGACCACUGUGUCUGACAGAAACCACACCAGAAAGUGUACAGAGCGUCCUUAGUUGAUAGUAUUGGGGACAAAAUACUAAGAGGAAGGAACUCUGGUCUUUAUUUUCAAAUUGGCAACGGUUUACUAUUUGGUCAACAUUUAAUUUAGAAACCAAAAGAAAAAGAAGUUAAAAAAAAAAAAAACACUUUCCGUCUGAAACUUGUUUUGUGGUACCACACAAAAGCCUGGAAUCGAUUUUUGUCCUCAUAUUGUUGCUAUGCAGGCAGUUUCUGGUAGUAGAAAGGACUGUGACUCUUUUCUUACUGAAUGAAGUGCCUUGUGUGAAUGUUGUUUAUAUGGGGAAUUAUUUUGUACAUGGUUAAUUUCCAGAAUACUUCAGUCUUUUCACCCGCAAUAUGCUUUAAAGUGGACACAAAUAUCUUUGUAUAAAGGUUUUACUUCACCUUUUUGAUGAUGAAACGCUGGGCAAUUGUCUCAUAGUAUUCUUCUUUUCCCAGUAUGCUUGUGCCAUUAUAUAGGUGUGACUUUUUCUUUUUGCUUUCAUUAUGUGUAGAAAUAGGUUAUUUGUUUUAGGAAAAAAAGAUUUUGCUUGCAGUUGUGAACGUCAUGCCCCACCUGCAACAGUAGUUUUUGGUUGUUUGAUCAUUUGAUCUGAACGCUCAGAUAAAACUGUGCCAUUUAUUUUUCUGUCUCUCACAUUACUUCCCUCAUCUCAUUUUAUUAUUUGCCAAAUAAGGACGUUUUGUUUUUAACAAGCUUCAUGUCUUUACCAGGUUUUGAGUUAAUAAUGUUAAACCAUUAGUUUGUAUAGCAUUAUAGUUUUUAUGUCAAACUCAUUUGUAUGUUUUUGCUGUUUUGUGGCCCUAGCUUCUCGUGUUAUGUUCAUUUGAUGGUUAGGUUUUCGCCUUUCUACAUUUUUUUUUUUUUUUUUUUUUUUUUUUUUUGCCACACGUGGUGCAGCUUCACCCUUAAAGGAUGAUCUUUCUCUAAAGUGGCGCACAUUUGCAAAGGUGUCCUUUUUAGUUGUUUCAAAUGGUCUGGGAUCCUAAAAUUGGCCGAGUGCCAUUUUUUUUGUUUUUUAAAUAAUAUCUGCGUAUUUUGGGUAAUAGUGUUAAGCGUGUAAGGAAAGUGGAGAAUGUUAAAAUCACACCAUUCUCCUUAGCUAAAUGUGGUCACGGCCUGGCCUUAUCCAGCUCUGGUAGAAAACCAGUAAAGACCAUAUUUGAUGAUUAUCUUCCCAGACUUUAUUUUUUUUAACUCUUCUUCACCUCAGUGCCUACAUUUAUGAGGAGCCCAGCAAAACUGAAUGCUGCAACAUUGGCUAUCAUGGCAAUAACGCAUCCCCACCCCCCUCCCCUUUGUUUUCCACCCCAAGUUUUCCCCAGCUGAUUGGCUCGUGGUGUCUAAGAGCACCCGACAAAGCUAGCUAGAAGAGGUUUACCAGGAAGACUAGUUGAAGCAUCACAGGUGAGAUUGACUUCAUCUAUUUGAAUUAUAAAGUGCUGGAACAACUUGAAUGUUGCUUGGAUGAUUUCCAUAAGCAAAACGAGUCAGCUAUGUUGCCAUAGUUACCAGCUUUUGUUGCGGUAAGAAGGUGAAAAGGAUUGCUUCAAGCCUACACGUGGGUCCUCAGUCCUGGCCCAUCCAGACAGCUUAAUAAUGUUUAGGGUCCAGCUGAAAUGAAACAUUACUGAGGCACUGAAAAAGGACUGAAGAACCUCAUCAUGGCUUUGAUGCCUUACUGCCUGUGGAGACACAAAGCAAUGUUUCCUUUUCAGUGCCAAGGUUGCCAUUGUCUCUGUUCUUUUCUUAUGGAGGGUGAAAACGGCUUAGCCAUAUAUGCAGACCAUAUGUGGGUAAGGUGGGUUAACACUGCAAGCCUGAAAGCAUUUUUGCUUUAUUGGUCGGUUAAAGGGUCUAUGUUUAUUAGAAACCUGAACUACUUCAUAAUUUCCCUUUUAUGUUUUUCUAGUUUAAAGGCUGUUGUUUCUUCGGGCAUGUUGGAAAUCUGAACAUCUGUGUUGGUAGUGAGUGUUCAGCUCAUGAUGAUGGCUUCAGUCCGAUGUCUUUUUUUAUACAAAGCAUUUAGUCGACUCCUCUUCACCUCACUGAUGACCUUUCUCUGAAAAUGUUUGUAUCAUUGUGAUAUUUUUCUACCUUCAUCAUGUCAGUAUUUGGUUUCAAAAUGGCCUAUAACUCAUUUUAUUUACACUUUUUGUUCCUUUUCUUUCUUUCAGCUCUUUUAUCUCCUUCUCUCUUGCCUGUUGGUGAGAUAUCUCGGUCAGGUCUUGUCUUUCCAAUCGAGGGAUGAGUGCGUGUGUGUGUGAUUGUGUGUGUGAUUGUUUAUGUUUCAUUGUUUAUCACGUCACUCAUAAUCACAUUGAUCUUUUUGUAUUACGUAACACCAAAGUUCUAAGACACUUAAGUUCAAGUCACUGUGCUCUUCUUUUGAGGGGGGUGGGUUUUUUUUUAUUUUUAUUUUUUUACUUUUUUUUUUUUUUUUUAAGUAACAUCUCGGUUUUUGUUGAUUUUGCGUGUUGGCAGUGUUGUCAUCCUGAACAUCAGUUUUUCUUUUCUUUCCUUAAUAAAGGCUUCAUUGAAACAAUCUUUUUGUUUUGUAUUAUUUUCCCUAACAUCCAAACAAUACAUUACUUCUGGCCAAAGAUCAUCACUUUAGGUGGGUGUGAUUGAGGUUUCUAUUCUCUUUGUACUUGAUAUGGUCUGUUGUGUCCAAAAGUCACGGGGGACCAUCUUCUGUUAAUAUCACACAGCUGGAUUUAGUUUGCCCUUGAUUCUUCCAGAUAUGUCACAAAUAAAGCACAUUUUUAUG